AUGAUAACACAAGAACUGAAACAACUAAUAGAUCAAUUAAGUCAAAGAUUUGAUCAGUUAGCGCUUCUUCAUGGUGAAAUAGGCACGACAUCAACAAAACAACAAGACGAUACAGAUCAACUAUGUCAAGCAGUCCUGAACCUAACAGAUAAACAUAUCAACACUCUUACUGAUGAAAGAGACGCUUUACAACAACAAUGUCAACAUACUUACAAAUCUAUCGCUCAUUUGAAACGACUAAUGGGUGAAUAUAUUGAUGACACUUCACAGGAACAACCUUCUCAACCUUACUCUGUGACUCUGGAGAAACUCGAUGCUGAAAAAGAAAUUGUACAGAAGCACUAUGAAAAACGGCUGGCCGAUGUAAAAGAACUACACCAACAAUUGAUCGAAUAUCAAUCCACAUUGGAGGAUUUUGUCAACACUGAACUCAUUAUGCAAAAGGAUGUGGACGUUUCCUUACCAACGGUUACUGCUUUGGAAGAAGAAAUACGACGAUGCGGAAACGAAUAUGUGAAACGAGCUCAACAAGUGGAUAAUGGAACAGACCAGAUUAUACAGCUAUGGCAAUCCCUGGGUUUAUCACCACAAUCAGAAUUUGAACAUGAAUUAAAUCAACUUCACGAUUUACAACGUCAACCGGACAAAAAGGUAUUUCUUUAUACUAGACUGGUACAAGAAAAACAACUUAACCGCAUCAUGCAAACAAUUGCUCAGUUGGAUGAGAUCAAACAACAACGGGAAUUUAGGAAACAAGAAAUCGCGCAACAUCUCUAUCGCCUUUGGGAUCGACUACAGAUUGAUCCCGAUGAAAGAAAUUCAUUUUUACAGUCAAAUGCUGGUAUCACCUCAAUGGAUAUACAGGAGUAUGAAAAUGAACUCGAUAGGAUGCUCAAACUGAAAUCGGAAAAAGUACAAGACUUUAUAUUGGAUGCUCGAAAUGAAAUGGAAAGUUUAUGGAAUCAAUUAUACUGGUCCAAACAGGAACGAGAUGCCUUUACAGCAUUUGAAUCUGCACAUGAAGCUGAAAUUGAAAGACUGAAACAUAUGGUGGAAGAUCGGAAGUAUAUCUUGGAUAAGGUGGAAAGACAUAUGAAACUACUGCAAGAAGUGCAAGAUUUUGAGGCAAGUACAAACGAUCCAAAAAGACUUUUUGGCAAAGGACAACGGGAUCCUGGACGAUUGUUACGUGAAGAAAAGUUUAGAAAAAGAAUAUCAAGAGAGCUACCAAAGAGCAAGCGUGAUCUGGAAGGAUCUCUUCGUGAAUUCCAAACUUCUACUGGUACACCGUUUACUGUUUAUGGAGAAUCUUACUUGGACAAACUCACAGCGGAUGACAAGGACACAUCGUCAUAUAAUGAUGACCACAUACCAACCACACCAAAACGACCCAAGACUGUUUCACGACCACCUAUGACUAGCCCACGACAUCGAUCACACCCGAAAAUGCAUUUCCAUACACCACAAGCUAAUCGAUUCAACAAUUUUCAAGAGACGUUUACGGAAACAAAGAAUGAAUGGCGUCGUUUAGAUUCUCAAGUCUCAUCAACAGCCACCAUCCUUCAUCGUGUACGGCAAAACAAUAUUCGAAAAAGAGAACGAACUCGUCUUCCAAAACCUAACAACAACAAGACGCCUACGAUGACUUUCGGCAAAAACAAAAUCACAAAAGAUAUAAUGAGUGAGGAUGGAAAGCAACGAAGACAAAGUGACAGCACAGCAUCCAGUAUAUACAGCACCAGUAGUAGCGGAAAUAGUACUUUGGUUGAGAAAGAUUAUCACAAGAAUGAAAACGUGGCUCCUCUUCACCAUACCCCACAAUCACCGGUCCUCAAACAAAAGAGACGGGUUGCUCGAACAUUAUCGGAACGACGUGCAUUAUUAUUUGAUGAAGACGAUAUGACCUUGGAUCUUGGUAUUUUUGACGAUGGACCUGAACUCAGCGAUAUGUCUGAAAAUGAUACUUGA